CUGUAUGCCGCAUUGUCCCAGGUCCCUAACAUGCGUGUCUAUGCCAGACAAGAGAUCCCUGAACGUUUCCAUUUCAAAGGGGGGAAGUUUGUUUCCCCCCUGACGCUGGUGGCUGAGCCAGGCUGGUUUAUCGCUGAGAACAAGGCUAAACUCCCAUACUGGAAAAAUGACUCUGGGGAGCCCUCAGCAUGGCAAAAUGGCUGGCAUGGUUACGACAAUGAGUUCCUUGACAUGAGAGGUUUCUUCUUGGCGACAGGACCUGACUUCAAGCGGAAUGUUCGGGUGGCUCCAAUUCGAGCAGUGGACGUCUAUAACGUGAUGUGCUGGACGUUGGGAGUGGAACCUUUGCCCAAUAAUGGGUCCUGGUCUCGGGUAGAGUACCUCCUGAGUGGCUCUGAUGGUCCACCCCAGCCUACAACCCUCUGGUCCUGCUGUAUGGGUUUGUUAGUAAUAUUGCUGGCACUAUGGAACUAAAACAUUUAGUGUUUGUGGUAUGUGAUGGUAGCAAGAAAUUAUCUGCUUUAAUUGGUUAUGACAUUAAAUCAUGCAGCUAAUAAUGCAUCUGAAAGGAAGGGAAAGGAAAUUAAACAGACUGGAAAAUUUUACUUCACUGGUUCAAGGACUUUGAGGACCAAGAACUUCAAGGCCUAAAGAAUUUGCCAGGACCUCAUCCCAACUUCCUAUAAUGGACUGGGGAAAAAAGAUCAUCCUACAUGCCCACAACACUUGGAAAGCAUCUUUUAUCUUUCUUCUCCUGCUCUCCAUGUCUGAUGAACUAGUGUUGAACUAGCUGUCUCAGGUGGUAAAAGUCCAGCAAAAAUCUGAAAAUUAGCAUUUUCACUGUUUUGGCUUAGUCCAUGUUUUCGUCCUCAAUUUCUCUUGAUAAUCAUUUUAUUGUUAGAUUGCAUUAAUUAUGUAUUCAGGGUUUCUUGUGCUUUACAGUUUAUUAUAGAUUUCUGAGUUUCCUGGAAGCAAGUAAUUUAAAAGUAAUUACAGGGAAAAUAGGAAUAGAACUAUUCCAUUUAAACUCAACUUAUUAAUUGAUUAUUUAUCAAUUAUUGGACACAUUCAUCUCAAUAUAUGUAUAUAUAAAUUUAACAUUUUGCAUGGUCAGCUGACCUAUGACUAAAAACUCUUUAGGUUUUACUAACAAUUAAUCAAUUAAUUUAAAGUGAAUAAUUUAGCACUAUAGAGUAUUUCUUUUCAGAUACUGGGUUCUUCUAAAAUCUUGUAAAUUCAGUCUUUAUGAUGGAUGAAUGUAACUGAGAUUCUUGUUUUGAUCUGGUUUUAAAUUCAGCUAUAACAUAUUUGUGUUGCAUCAAAGACCUUGUAUGACACCUAUAAAUAAAUUUGCUUGGAUUCUGAAAACAUGA